GUAACUAAGAAAGGCGUCGCUAGGCGGCAGCACCGAGUCACGUGAGAUAAUGGUGGAAGGUGGCAGUCGAGUAGGGUGCGCGAUCCGUCUGAAUUUCGCGAGAAAUUCAGUUUAUUGCUGAAUUAGUCGAGCUUCGUCAAAAUAUUUGACUCUCAGAAGUCGAGUGUCGUACAGCGGUUGUAGCCAGCGAUAUUUAAAAUGACGGAAUACUGGCUAAUUUCGGCACCCGGCGACAAGACCUGCCAGCAAACAUGGGAGGCUAUGAACAACUUGACGUCCAAGCAGAACUCACUAUCGUCAAACUUCAAAUUUCACAUACCCGACUUGAAGGUGGGCACCCUCGACCAGCUCGUCGGCCUUUCCGACGACCUUGGAAAGUUGGACGGAUUUGUGGAACAAGUUACACGCAAAGUUGCCACUUACUUGGGUGAAGUCCUCGAAGAUCAAAGAGACAAGCUUCAUGAAAACCUCAUGGCCAACAACAGUCAAGCGUCAAUGGAUGGGGAGAUUUCACCCCUCGGUGGGGAACCGGACACUCCGCCAAACACACCUGUGACCCCGUCACACAAGACUUCCAGGGAGCGCCGCGAACAAUGGCAGGAGACGGAAGAACCAGGGUUGACAGCUUCCCUAGGUCAGCAUCAUCGCCAACGUCAUCACCAUCAUCACAACCACGACCAAAACCACCACUACCACAAUCACCACCAACAUCACCAACAUCCUUCCAACUCAGAAAAGAGAUCAUCAUCCAGUUCCCAAGGCGCCUGCGAAGUUCGAACUCCGAAUGAUUCGUCGUCGAUAUAUUCGUGCUACCAAACGCAUUGGUGCGCAGCUUCCAACCCACCCACCCCAACCCCGAGCCCUACCCUUGGCAGUCCGUCUCCCUGUUUCUCGUCGGAGGAUGAAAACUACGACAUUAACGAUCCACAGAAGCCUGGGCGAUCUGGAAUUGUGAAAAAAAAACGUCACGCUUCGACGAAUCAACAGUCCGAUGACAACGAUGAUCAAGAACAAGAUUGUAGCAGCGAUUUGCCUAGCCCAGGUGAUCUGCCAACAUAUAUAACAAGAUUCCAAUGGGACAUGGCCAAGUAUCCAAUAAAGCAGUCGCUGCGUAACAUCGCCGACAUAAUCAGCAAACAAGUGGGACAGAUUGACGCGGAUCUUAAAACUAAGUCAACAACUUACAACAAUCUGAAAGGAAGCCUGCAAAAUCUCGAGAAGAAGCAGACAGGGAGCUUGUUGACUCGCAACCUGGCCGAUUUAGUGAAAAAAGAACACUUUAUUCUCGACAGCGAGUAUCUCUCAACGCUGCUCGUAAUUGUACCCAAGGCAAGCUUCCAGGAGUGGUAUGCUGUGUAUGAGAAAUUGACCGACAUGAUUGUACCACGCAGUACACAAUUGAUUAGCCAGGAUCAGGAGUAUGGACUUUUUACGGUAACUUUGUUCAAAAAAGUUAUCGAGGAGUUCAAGUUGCAUGCUAGGGAAAAGAAGUUCAUUGUUCGUGAUUUUACUUACAACGAAGAAGAGCUGGCUGCCGGUAAAAAUGAAAUUACCAAGCUGGUGACUGACAAGAAAAAGCAAUUUGGUCCUUUGGUUCGAUGGCUCAAAGUCAAUUUCAGCGAAUGUUUCUGUGCUUGGAUUCACGUUAAAGCUCUUCGCGUUUUCGUUGAAUCAGUCCUCAGGUACGGAUUGCCAGUUAAUUUUCAGGCCAUUCUACUGCAGCCAAAUAAGAAGAACAGUAAAAGGCUGCGCGAUGUAUUAAACCAGCUCUACGCCCAUUUGGACUCCUCUGCCACAUCUGGCGGAAACGCACAAUCUUCGAAUCAAGAUAGUGUGGACAUACCGGGGUUGGGUUUUGGACAAAGUGACUACUACCCAUAUGUCUACUACAAAAUCAAUGUGGAUAUGGUCGACAGUAAGGUGUAAGAAGUGAUUUAUCAGCCAAUCCACUGUUCCACAGCACACAUCCCUCUUUUUCGUACAUACAUCCCGUUAUACGUCCGUUGCCCACGAGGUACGUCAGGCAACAGGUCCGUGUUGUUAGAAAACUGAACUUUGCCAUUUAUACCAGAAAAAUUAAGUAUCCUCUGUAUAUAUAUGUAUGUCAAACCGUUGCCAAGAUUGAUAAUGUUUGGUAGUUUUAUCAAUUGAAGUGUAAAUUCCAUCCUGGAGAAUUCAUUGCGGGAAACCGCCAAGAGAUUAUCCGUAUCUUAUAAACUGCUUUCUGAGUAUCAGCAGACUUAGUUAAGUACUAGAAUAUCAUUUUGGCACUAGAUUUUUCGGUAUCAAUGGUUACAAAGUUCGGCGCAAUAUGCAACGUGUCUAUUUGUAAAUACUGUGUGCAGAAUAUUGAAAACAGAAAAAAAAAGUUAGCUUUAUCCAGGCCCUUGUCUAAAGUUUAUUCGGUAGCUUUCUUUGCGCGUUUAUUUUACCGAAAAUUCCACCGUUUCUCGUCGCAAUAGCACAGAAGAAAUAUUUAAGUAAUUAUUAAUUAUAUUGAAUAAAGAAAAAAUGACGGAUCGCGGACCAGAUAAUGCUGAGACAAGUUUUUAGUGUUAUACGCUCAAUAAUUUUCGAGUAUUAUUGUAGAACAUUGGUUGAAACACCCAGGUUUCCGCAUACGGAAUGGAUUUGAAAUCAUCCAACGAAUCGCGUAUGAAACCUGGCUUUUUCAUCUUAAUUGAAAAUUACAUAGAGCUAUUUAGACAAUAACUUUUAUUAAAAUAUGGCUUAGCGCUAUAUGCUCCGCAGUGUCUUUGUAUAAUCGUCUAACUUUAACUAGCCAGUUAGUAUUAUUAAACGAGACGGUAAUUAACGCAGGCCAAGGGUUCAAAAUAAUUUUUUUUUUUUUUUUUGGAAGAAUUCCUACAUUAGUUGUUUAGAUAGAUGUAAAACGAUUUAGCUGAUAACUACGAGCCAUCUUACUUCUGUUUUUUCUCGUCCUUUCGGCGAUUAUAACACGAUUGCUUAUUUUUGAAAAGUGCGAGUCUAUUAAUGAUGGAGUAUAUUAACAGAGCAAGGAAAUCAUGUCUAGUCUAAUAUCAACGCGAUAAAUUAAAAUUGAACCGUAAAAUCAUUUACCGCAUUCUUUUCUUUAAUUUUAUUCAAGUUGUAUAUGAAAUUUUCUUCUUCGCAUUACGGUUUCACAAAAUUAUUGAUGUUUAGAUUUUAGACUAUGGCAGAGGAUAAAGGUUUCAUUGUAAUGAAUUGAACUGUUCCUACAACUCCACUUAGCUGGCAAUUAUUAUUUUUCUGAAAUAAGCGAUCGGAUUAGUCAACAUCGAAACUGGGUAACGUUCUUGUUUACACCUCCAGACUUGGAUUAUGGACAGUAAUAAAAUUGAACCUGGGAUUAUUGUGGUGUAAAAGUUAUAUAUAUACUGAGGUAAAAACACGUUGCACUGUUCAUCGUCGUGAAAAUAUUAAUUUUAUGAUAGCUGUACAUCGAGGACUAAAUAAUUUAAUCAUGUAAAUGGAUAUAUUAUACUAGACAAAGGAGAAAGGUUAUAGUUUAUAUAUUAUACUUUGCAUAUAUCACUGCAAUUCGCUUUUAUAGUUGUCUUGAUAUUUUAUUCGAUCAUUGACUUAGUUUGCCAGCAGAGGUGAAGGGUAAUACUUCAUCAUUCUUUCGCUGUAGUCAUUUAGAGUUGAAAAUCGAAGUGGCUCAUUGCAUAAGUAAUUAGAUAAGUGUAAAAACUGCUUUGCUGUCGCAUUCACGAUGGACAAUGGAACACGUGUUUAGCUCCAUAUCUCUGUAUGCAGUUACACCAACAACUUCUUAAUACUCGUUCAAUCCAAGCCAAAUCCAAGUGAAGGCAUGUUUGCCCUCUUGGCCGUCAUUGCAUUGUUAUGAAUUUGAAGAAAUACUUCAAUGUAUUUUUGAUGAUAUCAUUUUUAAUUGUCAACCAACGUCAAGCAGCUCCCGACGUUUGUUGUAUGAUUAAAAAUUGUGUACAAAAUUAGAAGACUCAUGAUUCAAAAUGAAUUUGGUCAAUCCACUAUUCGUAUAUUUGAAACGUUGCGCAUUCCAAGCAUAAUGCUUUGCACGGUAAAAAUAAACAAUGUGAAAUUUUAACACUGGUAAUAGCUGUAAGAAAGUUGAUAAUGUUUUAUCUCAUCUGCCUGCUAUUUUAUUAUAUUUUUACUAUUGAAAUAUUGUGAAUAUUGUACAUUUGGGGUGUACGUCUUAUUUGACAGAAAUUCCCAUUUGUAUGAUGAUUAAGCACUUGAAUUUAGAGCGAAACGCUACUUAAAAUUCGAUUCACCUACCUUGUGAACUUUCCUUUCUGGGAUGUGACUCAGUUUCAAUGAUACCUUGUUGCUUUCUGAGAAAAAUUAACUUCCUUUCCAAGUUUCUAGAACCGGAUUUAAAAUACCAGAUAUUUAGCUUGUACAAAUAAUAUUGUUGAAGAAUAAAAAAAAUUAUUAAGAGGCUACUUGCAAUGGUAGACUUUUAUCACAUCUUUCUGGGUCAAUUCUGUUAGCAGUGGGUGAAAAAGUGUAUGUAUAAACAAAGCUCGCUUAACAAUUCUGUGAAUGUAUUGUAAUUAUAUAAUGUAACAAAGUUGGAAUCGAUGAAGAAAACAGCAGAGGCAAAAUAUUGUAAUUUGUAGAUAUUAUAUUUGAAUGAACGAUUUAUUGGUCGUUCAAUCCAUAUUAUAUUAUACAUUAUAAAUAAAUAUCACGUUCCGUUAA